AUGGCCGCCGAUGGUUCGGCCUCCGGUGCCGGCAUGGACCAGGUGAUGGAGGUCCUCAAGCAGAUGCAGGAGGACCAGGCCCGCCUGCUCGCCGCCAUCGAGCUGGGCGACCGCACUGCCCUGCUAUCAAAGGGGGCCGACAAGAGCCUCUCGGCCAGCCCGCCCGGCCCGUCCGGCCUCGCCCAGACCCCGCCGCUGCUGGCCGCCGACGCCGCCACGGAGCGUGACGCCGGCUCUUCCUCGAGCCCCAAGUCCUCCUUCACGUCGCGCAUCAUCCUGACCACGUACCCUAAGCAGAUUGGCAUCAACCCCAUUCCUAUGAACUGGGGAGCCGGCGAUGCCGCCAAGAGAGGCCCAAUCGUGGUGUCCAGGAGCUCAAGCACCAUCCGGAGACGUAAUGCCCAUGGUGGUGGAUAUGCCAUCUAUUACGCCCUGGCUCUUGCGAGCAAGGAGCUCAAGACCGAUCACAGGCCCGACUUCACCAACACAGAGCCGGCGGCUGAAAUCGGCCCCUUUCCUCAGUGGGGCGAUCCGAAGAAGAUUGUGGCCAUGGACCCUUGGGGGCAUCUUGCUCCGUUUCUGUUCAUGGAUGUUAUCGCAAACGAAAAUGUCGAUAUCCGCCCGACUAUCGCCAUCACCAAGGCCCACAUGAAGCUUCCUGAGCUGGAAGAGAGCGUUCGUAGUGGAAGACUAGUCCCAGACGGCAAAGUAUGCCUCAACGCGGAAGGCGAGCUUGCUGUCACUAAGUUCGCUGUCGAACCUGUCUGGUACCUCCCAGGAGUUGCAGAGCGAUUUGGAAUUGACGAGGGCACCCUGAGGCGCUCGCUGUUCGAGCACACGGGCGGAAGCUACCCAGAGCUGAUCACCCGUGGGGAUAUCAAGCUCUUUCUUCCGCCUAUCGGCGGCCUCACUGUGUAUUGCUUUGGCGACCCUGCCAAAAUGUCCGACCCGAAUUCCCGGCUAGCACUCCGAAUCCACGACGAGUGCAACGGUAGCGAUGUCUUUGGGUCCGACAUCUGCACUUGCCGGCCGUAUCUCAUCUUCGGCAUCGAGGAGGCGGUUAAGGAGGCCCAAAACGGCGGCAGCGGUGUCGUCAUCUACUUCCGCAAAGAGGGACGAGCAUUGGGAGAGGUCACCAAGGUACUUGUCUACAAUGCGCGGAAGCGCGGCGAAGACCGGGCGUCGGACUACUUUAAGCGCACCGAGAACGUAGCCGGUGUGAAGGACAUGCGAUUCCAGGCGCUGAUGCCUGACAUCCUCCACUGGCUCGGCAUCGCCAAGAUCGACAGGAUGCUCAGCAUGAGCAACAUGAAACACGAUGCCAUCGUGGGCCAAGGGUGAGUGAAUGCGGAGGCCAGCCUUUACAUCGCCGAUCCCCCUCUUUGCUCAACCCGAACCCGGUGUGCUGACGGAUGUUGGUGUAGGAUACCGAUCCACGAGCGCGUCGAGCUGCCGGAAUCAUGGAUCCCCGCCGACUCUCGUGUCGAGAUUGAUGCGAAGAUCAACGCCGGUACGACAGAGGCCUUUCCGUCGCACCCCCUCUUAAGGCUUCGUUUCUCUGUCUCUAACACGAGUCUCUGUUCAAGGUUACUUUACCACCGGCCACCGCAUGACGGAGUCUGAGCUCCAGUCGGUCCAGGGCAGGCUCUGGGAAGACAUCGACCACUGAUCGUGUGGAGACAGCAAAGCAGAGGGGGAGGAAGGGGCAGGAGGAACGAUUCCCCGAGCGGACAAAUCGGUUCCUUGAUCUCCGAGAGGUUCAAUGUCCUUGGCCCACGGCCUCUCCCAUCGGGAGAGCUGUCGGCCUUGGUGUUCCGGCUGUUUGAUGGUACCGGUCAGACGGACAGAUGACUCCCCCCUUCCACCACUGGAGAUGUCAAGGCAGCAACCAAGCUAUCUCCACCCAAUGUAAGGCCGGCACACGGACAAGCGACCAGGUCGGUGCAGCACGUUUUGCGACCAAAGAAAGGAACAACACAUAAUACAGACAGCAUGUUUGCCCUCACCGGUCUCAGGUCCUGUGAGCGAUUUGGACCGGACAAGGGCAAGGAGGUUGCGGGGUUUUGUGUGGCGCGUCCCAACGAGAUAGACAAAGAGAGAGAGAGAGAGUACAGGUUACCUAGUAUUGAUCGAUUGCGCUUUCGUCACACCAAACUUUCCCCGAUUUAUCAGCUCUCACUUCGAUCUUGCCCCUUUCUCGUUCCAUCCGUCUUUCCUCUUGGGGGGUGGCCGUUCGGGGCUGUUGUUCCCGUGGGCCCCUUUUUUUCCGCCCGAGCCGCCCUUCCCGUUCCAUCCAUGCCCCUCGAGUCAAUCUCGCAGGAGCAAGCCAGAAAAGCGGCUCGCUGCGAAAUCUUGUCCGACUUGCCAGUUCACUCCCUCCCUCCCCACCUGAUUGAUGUGCGCGCGUGUGUUGUGUUGUGUUGUGUUGUGUGCGUGCGUGCCCUACAGUAGGGCUCUCGCUCGCUUGAAGUGGAUAGGUCAUUGAGCAAUCGGCAGGUUGGCAGCAUCCAGACAUGGCCAGACAAGGAGCACAGAGGCGUAUGGUACAUGCACAAGGAAUUGCAUUACCGACACAUUGGGCAGGAGAGGAGGAGGCCUGCGUGCCUGCCGAGGGGGGGAUGGGGAGACGUGUGAUGCCAAUGAGCAGUCGACAAAAAACGACGCUGCACCCGACUUUGACCGACCGACCAACCGGCCGGGCUGUGUGUAUGUGUGUGUGCGUGGUAGUGGCCUGCCGCGGCGGCACCCCCGCAGCCACGCAGCCAAGCUACAUCCACUCUACAUGUACUUGCGUACGCGCGCUCACGCAUGCGCAGGCUGGCGCAUUACAUGAAGCGUUGCUGUCCGAUGAGGUCAAAAGAAUAGGUAGAGACCAGGGAGGAAAAAAAAAGAAAAAAGAAAGAAGAAAGAAAAAAAAAGCCCUCGUCACACGGGCUUUCGAGGUGCAGGAACCCACCUCGGCCGCCUAUCGUCUUUUCUCUCCGGCUGUGAUUUCUCGCUUCUCGCCUCUCCCUUGCCUCCUGCCCGUGUGCGCCGCCCACGUUGCUGCUGUUGUUUUGCGCCUUUUUUUUUUUUUUACCUUCUUUCUUUUUUUUGGUGGUGUUUGUUGUCCCCCCCUCCACCAGCGGCCCGACGCAACGACAACGAGGCCCUACCUGCCUGCCCGUCCUGCAGGUCUCUGCUACAAGUAACAAAAAAGCAGGGCAGGGCGGGGAGGUAAGGGCGAGUGAGCGGACGGGUUGCCAUUCCGGCCGCUGGAUCCGCGGUGCGAUGGAGCUAGGGGAUUUGGGCUUUAUCCGUCCGGUUAGGUUCGGGCUAGGCUUGUCUGGGCUGGAGCGCAUCUCCUCUUUGCUUGCCCUCUCCUAACAGGAGUACGUUUUUCCAUGGAAUGGGCUCACUGGUCGCCCAAGGAGGAAAAAAAAAAAGAAAAAAAAAAA